AUGGCUGUUUCAGUAGCAUCAGGUACGCCUAUAUUCACUUCCAAUUCCACUGCCAUCAGAAACAGUUCACGCAGCAACUUCAUUGGCCCUCACUUCAAUCGUAAUUUUCCUUCGCUAAAGAAAAGAAAUUUUCUCAACACUCCACUACGUGUUGCUACUCCACAAACCACUCCUACUGCCACCACUUCUGAAGAAGAACAGGAAUCUGUAUCGAGAUUAGAAGAUAAUUUUGAGGUUGAAAUAGAGGGUUCGGAAGAAAAUUCGUCAUCAAAAUUUUCUUGGAGAGAUCAUUGGUACCCUGUUUCGCUUGUGGAAGACCUUGACCCACGUUAUCCUACUCCCUUUCAGCUACUGAAUCGGGACCUGGUUCUGUGGUUUGAUAGUACUGCUUCACAAUGGGUAGCUUUUGAUGAUAAAUGCCCCCAUCGCCUUGCACCUUUAUCAGAGGGGAGAAUAGAUGAGAAUGGACACUUGCAGUGUUCAUACCACGGGUGGUCGUUUGAUGGGUGUGGGUCUUGUACUCGAAUCCCACAGGCAGCAUCAGAAGGGCCUGAGGCUCGUGCUGUUAAGUCUCCAAGGGCAUGUGCCACCAGAUUUCCAACUAUGGUUUCCCAAGGUCUUCUCUUUGUUUGGCCUGAUGAGAAUGGUUGGGAAAGAGCUCAAGCCACCAAGCCCCCAAUGUUGCCUGAUGAUUUUGAGAAGCCCGAGUUUUCAUCUGUGACAAUUCAGCGCGAUUUGUACUAUGGCUAUGAUACUCUCAUGGAGAAUGUGUCCGAUCCUUCCCACAUUGACUUUGCACAUCACAAGGUAACUGGGAGGAGAGAGAGGGCAAAACCCUUGCCAUUCAAGAUGGAGGGGACUGGACCAUGGGGUUUUGCUGGUGCGAAUGACGGCAAUCCAAAAAUCAGUGCCAAGUUUGUUGCACCUUGCUACUAUUUGAAUAAAAUUGAGAUUGACACAAAGCUUCCACUCGUGGGUGAUCAAAAAUGGAUAAUAUGGAUAUGUUCCUUUAAUGUUCCAAUGGCACCUGGAAAGACACGCUCAAUUGUCUGUAGCGCUCGAAAUUUCUUCCAGUUCACAAUGCCAGGUCCUGCAUGGUGGCAGGUGGUUCCCCGCUGGCAUGAGCAUUGGACUUCAAACAAGGUUUAUGAUGGAGAUAUGAUUGUGCUUCAAGGACAAGAAAAGAUCUUUCUAUCAAAGUCGAAGGAUGGUUCUGGUGACGUCAACAAACAGUAUACAAAGAUCACCUUUACGCCAACACAAUCUGAUCGUUUUGUCCUGGCAUUCAGGAAUUGGCUGAGGCGACAUGGUAACAGCCAACCUGAAUGGUUUGGUACUGCUGACCAACAGUUGCCAUCUACUAUAUUGUCCAAACACCAGAUGUUGGAUAGGUAUGAGCAGCACACGCUGAAAUGUUCAUCAUGUAAACAAGCUUUCACAACAUUCCAAACAUUGCAGAAGUUCUUGAUUGGAGCAGCUGUUAUUUGCUCUGCAACAGCAGGGAUUCCUCCAGACGUGCAAAUACGGGUUAUUUUGGGGGUUGUUGCAGUUUUAAGUGCAAGCCUAGCUUACCUUGCUUAUGAACUCCAAAAGAACUUUGUGUUUGUUGAUUAUGUGCAUGCUGAUAUUGAUUGA